AUGAUGUUUGUACAAUCAUUAGUGUGCUGUAAUUCUUACAGCACAUGGCAAAUAAUUUUGGAUGUGGGUCUGAGGAAUGGCAAUGAAAGUGCACUGCAAAAGCUACUUCCCAGGAGGACUGUAACAGACGGGUAUCUGGGGUAUGAUAAGGAUGCAUUAAAGCAGAAAAUACUUGAACAUGAAGCAAUUUUCAAGAAUCAGGUUUAUGAACUCCAUCGCCUUUACAGAACUCAAAGGAACAUGAUGGAAGAAAUAAAAAAGAAUGAACUAUGUAAACAUCAGACAAUGAUGGAACCAUCAUCGUCGUCAUCGAGUCUACAUGGAUCUCAAAUACCAUCAGAAGAUGCUCGAAAACAGCAAAUGACGGGCUUUCCUUUGUUGCAUUCUGGUCAUGGUAGAACAUCUGUCUCGGGAGUUGAAAUUGUUAAUUCUCCUUUGAGUUGUACAAACGAGAAUAACAAGCACACUGGACACAUCCUGUUCCAUCACGGGUGUUCUUCAAAGGAGACCGAAGCACUGGAUUUGAGACCCUCUAAGGUGAGGAAGAAGUUGUUCGAUCUCCAACUUCCAGCUGAUCAGUAUGUUGAUACUGAAGAUGAGGAAUGCAUACAGGACAGGAAAGCAUCUGGAAUUUUGAGUUGUACACCUAAUGGAGUUCAAAAAGUUGCCACCAAUAGCAGUAAGUUUUUCAUCAGUGGAGAUGCCUCGGCUUCAAAUUCUUGUUUGAGGAGAUCUAUUGGUCUAGCUGAUCUAAACGAACCCAUUCCCAUUGAAGAAGUAAUGCCUCCAUCUUCUACUGAUUUUCUUGGCUGUACUUCAAAUGUCGGAGAGACUAAAGGUGUAGAUCUGUCGGCUAAACCAAGUGCAGGGUUUGUACGUGUACUGGGAGAAACCAUAUAUAGCCAUAACAGAUCUUUGAUAAAUUCAUCAAUCGGGAGUGAAGUCAAAGAGAGGGGGUGGCUCAAUCAUGUACAUGAAGCAGGAUCCAGUAAAAGUAAUCCGACUUCUGCACUUCAAGGUCUCCCGAAAGAGAACCUGCAUAUACCUUCCCAGCCGGCAGACGUCAUGCUUAGCCAGGUUUGUCAUCCUCCUGGAAAAUGCCCAACUGGUCACAGUAGGGAAGAUUUGUGGAGAGAGAGAAGUCAUGAUCACUCCAAUAAUAACCAUUCAGAACCAGUUGUUGCAUCUCGGAUUCCUGGUCCAUCCUCAUUUUCUGGUUUUGCUGAUUCGUGGUCUCACUUCCAUUCGUCUUCUGCAAAGCCCACAAGUUGCUUUAUUCAAAAGAUAACCUCAUUGCCAACAUCUAUAAAUUCUGCUUCAACAAGCCAAGAAACCUUUGGAGACAAGUGGAAAGUCAAUGCUAGCUCUAGGUUGAACCUGAACUUGGGAAGUGAUGUAACAUCCCAGAAUGGAUUUUACCAUGGGCCUGUCUCUGGAUCCAAAGAACUACGAAUUCACUUGCCAUCAGAUGCCAUUGAUUAUUUUAACCGCAGCAAGGGUGAUAAUGUAGCAUCUGACCAUUCCGCUAAUCAUGGAUAUGAGAAGUUUCUGAAGGGCUCUUCGCAUGUGGAUAGGAAGUGUGCCGUAGAUAUUGACUUGAAUGAGGUAGUUUUGAAGAGCUCAUCAAUUGUGACAUCUUGUCUGCAAGAUCUCAAUAAGAUGGAUGAAAAAAGUAAGCAUGCUGAUCUGUCAACAUGGCCUUGGCUAAAACCGAAGCCCUCCUAUAGAAAUGAGGCUGCCACCGGUGCUAGGAGUUCAGAACUCUCGGGAAGUUUGGCAUACGUUCAAGCUUCUUCUAAUCCCCCGUGUUGUAAGAGCGAAACAGUGAGAGAUCUUAACCAAACAUUUCCCCCAAAUGCCAUAUCAGCUUCAAGUGAUUGUGAGGUUGUGACCAUACACGAGACUCGGAAUAUUAAGAAAAUUCUGGGGUUUCCCAUUUUUGAAUUUCCGAGUGUUCAUAAAAAUGAGCCAGCAUCCCAUGUUUCCACCUCGGGUAUUCUCCCUUCUGAAGGUAAAAUUUCCAAAAAUAAAAGAAGAAAUGGAAUAAUUGAUAUUAAUGUAGCUUGUGAGUCGGAUGAGCAGAUAGCAGCGGAACUGAUUAUAGAGAAGGAAAUAUAUACAAAAGGUAACUGUACUAGAAAUCUUAUCGACUUGAACUCUUGUAUAAAUGAUGAUGAAGAUCCACCGGUAUCCUCUGUUCCAAGCAACAGUGCCAUUACAAAGACAUCAGUCGAAAUAGAUCUGGAAGCUCCAGUAAUUCUGGAGAUUGAGGAUGAUAAUGCACCGUCCAGAGAAAAUAUACAGGUUCAGGCAUCCUUGCUAUCUUCCGAACAUAGAGCCAAACAAAUACAGGAUGAAAUUGUAAGAAAUGCAGCACAGACUAUAAUUGCUAUCUCAUCUUCCAGUCAGAAAAUCCUAGCAGCGGAUAUCAUAUUCUGUCCACCGGAUGCUUUGUUCGCAGAACCCCUGCUCUGGUUUGUUGACGUUAUUUCGACACAUGCAGAUAAACUCAAGGGCAAAGAAUCGAGAUGCAGGAAUGGUGCAUCAAUUCGGGAUCUCUUUGAGGAGAUGGAUGAUUUUGAGGCCAUGACAUUGCAACUGACAGAGAUGAAAGAAUACUACAUGCCUAAACCCUUUGUUCCAGAAGUCAAAAAGAUGGAAGAAAUAGUACCUGAUUCGUUACCAAAUAGAUCUCGAAGGGGUCCCCCGAGGAGAGGAAGGCAGCGGAGGGACUUCCAAAGGGACAUUCUUCCUGGUCUGACAUCGUUGUCCAGACACGAGGUGACCGAGGAUCUUCAGACAUUUGGAGGCCUGAUGAGAGCUACCGGGCAUCCCUGGAAUUCUGGGUUGAUGAGAAGGAAUAGCACUAGAAACGGGGGUGCUCGGGUGAGGCAACGGACAGUGGUUGAAACAACCCCAACUAUUCCCACCCCAGUUUGCAAUUCAUUGAUGCAGCAACUUAAUAAUAUUGAAGCUGGUUUGGAGGAUAGAAGCAUAACAGGAUGGGGGAAGACAACUAGACGUCCCCGCCGACAAAGAUGCCCUGCAGGUAGCUGUAGCGGAGCUAGAAAUGUUGGUCUUUCUGGUGGCGACGUUCUUGGGCGUCAUUGCCUCUUUAAGUUGGAUACCGGUGGUUGGUUUGUCAACAGAAAAAAGGUUGGUGUUUUCUUGAAAGACGGUGUAGCUGGUCUGGUGACUGCACCGCCCUUCUUCGACAGCACAUCCUCUUCAGAUAACCCUUGGAGUUAUAAACGACGCCGUUUAACCCGAAAUUGUGAUAUGCCUGAGAUCUUGACAGAAUUGAGGCCACUUCGUCACUUUCCCAAAGAAAUCGACUGCGACGUCAUUUGGAACGAUGGAGUUUGGGAGCCGGGUGAGGAAGAGUUGAUUGAAGGUUCACGUGGUAGGAGGCGAGGGCGCUGA